AUGGGUGACAAAAGUCCAAUCACACUCUUUACUGACCAAGAUGCAGCUAUGGCUAGAGAAAUAAAGAAGGCAUUUCCAACCACAAGGCAUAGACUUUGCCUGUGGCAUUUGAUGCAGAAUGCAAAUGCAGUAACACGAUUUGGAGUCCUGAAGAGUGAUGCAACAUUCAAAGCCGCUUUCAACAAAUGCUUAAGUGGUUGUCUGAAUGAAGUUGAGUUUAACGCAUGUUGGGAAGCAAUGGUCACCAAGUACAAUCUAAAGGAACACAAAUGGUUCAUCAGAAUGUAUAAAUUAAGAUACAAGUGGGCAACCGCUCUGAGUAUGGACUUCUUCUCUGCUGGGAUUUUGUCAUCACAAAGGAGUGAGAGUUCGAAUAAUGCUGUGGGUUUCAGACCUACUAAGAAGACUAGUUUGACCGAGUUCUAUCACAUAUUUCAAGAAACAAUAAAGAGAUGGAGAAGGACAGAAGAUAUUGAUGAAUUCAAUACCACCAAAUCUAUUCCGACUUCACACUAUCCAAUGACUUCGUUAUUGAAACAUGCUGCUCAAGUCUACACACAUUCACUUUUCAGGGAUUUUGAAGAAGAAUUUAAUCUUGUUGUUGCAUCGCAAGUACAACUCAUUCACACAAAUGGACUGAAAAUGAUUUAUCGAGUUUACCUUGAAGAUAGAGCUGGCUCCGCACAAUCUGUGAUGUAUGAUCCGCCGAGUGAGAUCAUUAUUUGUCCAUGCAAGAAUUUUGAGGAGUCAGGUUGGUUGUGCUUUCAUUGUAUUCGUGUUCUGCAUCUGCAUUCUGUUCAAAAAAUCCCAGAGAAGUACAUCUCCUUUAGAUGGACAAAGUUCGCAAAGGUUGAGGUGUGGAACAAGCAUGAGGCACAGUUAAAAGCUAAAGGAUUAUUGAACAGUUUCACCCCCUGGCGCUUACACAUGCUGAGAAAAUACUACAGUCUGAUCCUUAAGAGCCAUACAAUAGAAGAGGCUAGAAAAAUACUUGAAGAAAGCUUCAAGAAAGAUUCAGGAGCUAUUCAAACAAUUGUUACAGCUGCAAGCAACAAUGAACAGAACACAACAAAUACGACAACUGAGAAUGAGAAUUUUGUGCAAGUUUUGGACCCGGCUCAUGCCAACACUAAAGGAAAGUCCAAAAAGAGGAUUCCAUGGAGUUAUGACAACUUUAACAAGGGGAAAAGGAGAAAGCACAGGGAAUUUGGCUCCAAAACUCCUAAGCAUUUAUUCUUAUUCUUGAGUUUAUAUUCUAUUUUAGUAAUUCAGUUUUGUAAUUUUGUUUCUAUUCUGGUAACUAUACUUUCAAUGAAGGUCACUAUGACUGGAGGAAUGACUACUUGUUGUUUUUUGGUAAUUGAUCCAAUAUUCAUGUUAUGCAAAGCAGACUUCACUACCAUUGUGUGA